UGCGGUUUCGGAGACAAUAUUGUGUCCAUCUACAACUUUAGCUCUGUCCCACGGUGGGAGAGAUCACAUCGAGGCACCUAAACCUAACAGCUCACCAACAACUGGAAGGACGUCAGUGUCUGAAACCCAGGAGCAUAUGACAGCUACUCUUCCAAGUUCACCACUGACCAGCAGUUUGGCAGGAUCUAUGGAGCAAACAAACUCAACACCUGGGACUUGGGAAGAGAGACAGCAUACAACUAUCACCACAUCCACCAAUGACACCAUACUGUCAAGCUCCAUGAUGGCUUCUCUGUUGAAGGACCAGACAUCUAGAACCACAACCUUACCCACAACCUUACCCAUCACGGCCACUUUAGCUGAGAAUCCAAAACAGGAUCAGACAACUCCAAUGACAGCCCCAUUAACCACAAACACCCUAGAUAAUGGACUGGAGUCAUUAGUAUCCCCUGUCUCUGAGAAGGCAGCCACAACUCCAGUAGCAUUAAAGACACCAGGCAAUGACACUGAAUCAUCCAGGUCCACAACCAUCACUGUCUCUGAGACAUCUGCUCUAACUACAUCCUCAACAACUUUGGACAAAGUUAAUGACACAAGCGAACUCUUAUCCGUGACAACCAGCACAGUUAUCUACACUACCUCACUAAACACAAGCACUCUGGGGACAACUGUUCUUGGAACAACCAUGACUAAGACUCGGGAAGAGCAAAGUACAGCUGUACCCCCAACCCCCGCAACAACCCCCUCGACAAGCAAGCCACCUGAUACACAUCACAACACAACCAUGUGGACACCUUCCCAACCUGCACAAUCAGCCUCCAGUGUUGGCACUGAGACAACAGCUGCUUAUUCCACAGCCCUUGUCUUCAGCUCCUUGGGGACAGUGAAAUCCUCUGCUGUGACUGGGCCCAGUCAAACUCCCCCCAGAUAUAGCCAGCAUAGUGGUCCUAGAGCGGGAGCCUGCGCGUUGGAUGAAUACACAGCCAGAACAGGAGUUUGCCUGUGCAAUGACAGCUACCACACCCACUCAGAACUGUCCAGGAUGCCAGUGACCCUGAACUGCAGUGCACAGAAAAUUGGGGUGGCCCUGAGCAGCUGCUUCCUGGAAACUAACCACUGGAUUCUGAAAGAAGAUGCCUUCUCGGGGUGCUCCAGCACCAAGAAGAUAGAACAAGGCUACAGGGUCCAGGUCUUCCUGAUGGAGAAGAAGGAGGGUUCUUGUGGACUCCACCUCUCUACCAACAACAGCCACGCCCUGUAUUCUCUGAAGGUGCAGCUUAAGCAGGUUCUUUCAGGCUCCAAAACUACGGAGUCCACAAUGCUCUUCAGCUUCAGCUGUGCUUACCCUCUAGUGGUGAACAUCAGCCAGACUCUCCCCGAAGUGGUGGACUCCAUCCCGACCAUCCACUUUCCCAGUACUGGGGAAACUAUCAUCUUCCUGAGCAUCUUUACAGACAUUCAGCUCUCAGCUCCACUCAAGAACAGAACAGCUCACCUUGGCACACCCCUCUACAUAGUUCUCAAUGCCACAAGCAGUGAUCCCAACAGAUUUGCUCUCGUGGUCAAUGAGGUCUUUGUCAGCGCCAACAUCUCCAACAAAAAGGCUGUUAAGGCGACCUACCACUUUGUGAAUGAGAGCUGCCCAGUCCCCAGCCGGCUGCUCCACGGUCUACCCAACAACGGGGCCUCUCUCCAGGUAACGCUGGCCUUCAAACUGUUCCGCUUCUUAAAUAGCGAUACGCUCUACCUGCACGCCCGAGUGACCCUGUGUGACAAGCAGAUGGAACGCCAGUGCCGACCGACCUGCAGGCCAAGGAACCCUUCUGGGAGGAAUUCGCCCAGGGAGAUCCAAUUGCAAGAGGACUUGGAGCGCGGCGGCAGCUGGAUAGUGUUCGGGCCUCUCCGAAUAACGGAGUCCAAAGCCUCCAGCAGCAGCUCUCCAGGAUCCUGGAUGGCUAUCUUUCUCCUGAUGGUAAUUGAUUGGAUGCUGGGAUAAAAUCCUCCCCAGGAUACCUCCUCAAACCCUAGUCAUUGGCUUUAAUUUACUUGCCUCAAAGAGGAAGAUUUAGGGAAAGGCAAUAAGUCUAUCCUCUUGUUAGGAACCAGAGAGGUUGAAAAUGGGAUUAGGAUGUGGCACAACAAUUACCUUGUAAACUCAGCAUUAGUUUGUGCUCCCUCAUCCUGCCUUCUCUUCCCAUUUCUGGGAUUCUUAGGGGUGAUUAAAUUGCUCUAAUGGUGGGGGAGGUGUAGAAGAUAUAGCCAAUAAACACCAGGAAUUCUA